AGACUCUGACAGGCCAGCAUUUCCUGGCUGGGUGCAUCGACUGUCAAGCACCAGCUCUCUGGAGUUACAAUGAGCAAUAUCAGUAGCACCGUGAACCGGGCCCGUGAUGCCUUUAACUCAGGCAAGACUCGACCGCUGCAGUUCCGGGUCGAGCAGCUGGAGGCGCUGCAGCGCAUGAUCAACGAGAACCUGAAAGGCAUCUCCAAGGCGCUGGCCUCUAACCUGCACAAGAAUGAAUGGACCUCCUACUAUGAGGAGGUGGUUCACGUGCUGGACGAAAUCGAUUUCAUGAUUAAGGGGCUCUCCGAUUGGGCUGAGGAUGAGCCCGUGGCAAAGACUCGUCAGACCCAGGAAGAUGACCUCUACAUCCACUCGGAGCCCCUGGGCGUGGUCCUUGUCAUAGGUGCUUGGAACUACCCAUUCAACCUCACCAUUCAGCCCAUGGUGGGUGCGAUUGCUGCAGGAAAUGCCGUGGUCCUCAAGCCCUCAGAAGUGAGUGAUCACACGGCAGACCUGCUUUCGACACUUAUCCCUCAGUAUAUGGACAAGGAUCUGUACCCAGUGAUCCAAGGGGGUGUCUCUGAAACCACGGAGCUGCUCAGAGAGAAGUUUGACCACAUCAUGUACACAGGGAGCACAGCCGUAGGGAAGAUCGUCAUGGCCGCUGCUGCCAAGCAUCUGACCCCUGUCACCUUGGAGCUUGGAGGAAAGAGCCCUUGUUACGUGGACAAGGACUGUGACCUAGAUGUGGCUUGCCGGCGUAUUGCUUGGGGAAAGUUUAUGAACAGUGGCCAGACCUGUGUGGCCCCAGACUACAUCCUCUGUGACCCCUCCAUUCAGAGUGAAAUCGUGGAGAAGCUCAAAAAGUCACUGAAAGAUUUCUAUGGGGAAGAUGCUAAGCAGUCCCAUGAUUAUGGGAGGAUCAUCAACGAUCGGCACUUCCAGAGGGUCAUAAAUCUGAUUGACAGCAAGAAAGUAGCCCACGGAGGCACCUGGGAUCAGUCUUCACGAUACAUAGCUCCCACCAUCCUGGUGGAUGUGGACCCCCAGUCCCCGGUGAUGCAGGAGGAGAUCUUUGGGCCAGUGAUGCCCAUUGUGUGUAUUCGAAGCUUGGAUGAGGCCAUUAAAUUUAUCAACCAGCGCGAGAAGCCCCUGGCACUCUAUGUGUUCUCCAACAAUGACAAGGUGAUCAAGAAAAUGAUCGCAGAGACAUCAAGCGGUGGAGUGGCAGCCAAUGACGUCAUUGUUCACAUCACUGUGCCCACUUUGCCCUUUGGGGGUGUGGGGAGCAGCGGCAUGGGGGCCUACCAUGGCAAGAAAAGCUUCGAGACCUUCUCCCACCGCCGCUCUUGCCUGGUGAGGUCUCUGCGGAAUGAAGAAGCUAACAAGGCCAGGUAUCCCCCAAGCCCGGCCAAGAUGCCCCGGCAUUGAGAGUGCUGCUGCACCUGACGCUUGUUUUGCUGGCUGUCCUGUCCUUGAAGAAUUGCUCAUGGAGCCUCGUCCUGUCUUCUCUCCCACCUGCUGCCCCAUGCGUGUUCAAAGUCUCCCCGAAGUCUCUCACCCCCCCUCCAAAUUCUGCUGUUUGCUGAGCAUAGAGACCAAUAAAAGCCUCGGAGGAAAA